GAGGUUUUAGGGUUCACAGGGCAGAGAAAGCAAACCAAGGAAAAUGGCACCUUGGGCAAUUGCGGGGAGAUCCACAUCUACCUUGAUGCGGGCAACAUGGAGAGCCACCACUGCAACCGAAUCAGCAACCGGAAGAAUCCCUUUAUCAGCUUCGAUUCGCUCAUGGACUCGUCCCAAUUUGACUCUCCGCCAGUCGCGAAUUUCCCCUUCUUCUCCAAGUGGAAGAUUUGUUCGGCGAGAAUUGAGCUCACUUUUGCCCCUCCAUAAUGUGAUUGCUUCUGCUUGCCUUGUCUCCAAGCUUCCCAGUGAACUCAGCACCGCCGCAGAAGGUAGAUUUGCUAAUUAUCUGAGUCCCAUCUAAAAGUGAAUGCUUGCAAUGGUGGAGAGUUUUCUUUAUCAGAGUUGAAUGACUAACAGUUCUCUGCGGAAACUGAAAUUCAGGCCUCGCUGAGGUCAAUUGCUGAACAUUUUGUUUACCUGUCUUUAAGUUAUUAGUUAGUAGCGAUUCCGGAGUAAUCUCUGGAAAUUCUCCUACUCUUAUCUUUUUGUGAAUUUGGUUUCAGAUGGCGGAAGGAUGAUUUUUGUUUUUGUACCUUUUGAAUAUCUUAAAAGUUAAAUUGGGAUGAGAAGCUGUUAACAAUGCAGGGGUAUGAUUGUGAUGCUAAUCAUUGUAUCUAAUUAACGUAUUAAUGAAAUGAAAUAAUAUCUGUUGGUACUGUGUUUUCAAGGUUAGAAA